AUGGCAAACGCAGUCAGCCAACCGAAAGGGUACCUUGAUUUGAUUAACGCGGUUGAUAACGUCUCAUAUGAUUUUGAUUUCAACACGCUCUACCGACUCCUUCUACCAAACGAUCCUCGUCCUCAUGGCUUUAUCCUACCAUCUACCGUUUCCGAAAUGCCCUGGACCUCAGACUUUAUCAUCGAUAACAAUUCUCGAACAGUUCAGCUACGUGGUGUAUCCGAGGGCAAAGACACGGCGAGCGCCUGCAAUGCCGCUUUUCAAAAUACUAUCAAUAUCGCCAUAGACAAAGGGCUCCCUAUGAUACAAGCAAAGCAUAGUGAGAUGUAUAAAAUCAUGGGCGCAAAUUCCUUUAUGUACUUGGAGCGUUUUACAGCCCCCCUCUUCGGGAUUGCGACACGCGGAGCCCACAUGACCGCCUACGUCCGUACAACCGACGGGCUCAAAAUAUGGGUUCCUCGACGAAGCGCCCACUUGUUCUCUUACCCGGACAUGCUUGAUACAACCGUCGCUGGAGGAAUCAAAGCAGACCACUCGCCCUUCGAGUGCAUCCUUGCUGAAGCCGAUGAAGAAGCUUCAUUACCCGCUGGUUUUGUUCGUCAGAAUGCCCGUGCUGUCGGCGUCGUCACAUAUGUCACUCGGAAGGAGAAAUCAGGACUAAUCCAUCCGGAUGUUCUCUAUGUAUUUGAUAUUGAACUACCGGAAACUAUGGCCCCAAAGCCCCAGGAUGACGAAGUAUCCGAAUUUUACCUAUGGAGUGUUGAGGAGGUCAAGCAGGCUAUGCUAAGACGGGAGUUCAAACCGAAUUGUUCGCUCGUCAUGAUAGACUUCUUUGUCCGGCAUGGUAUCAUCACACAGGAAAAUGAAGAUGAUUAUGUCGAGAUUGUUUCGAGGUUGAGAAGAAAGUUGCCAGUGCCUACGAGGCCUGAACGCUGA